CUGGAAACAGACACGCAACCUAGUGCACAUGGACUAACUCAAAACAACGAAAUUUAACAAAUUCAGUGUGUGUGUGUAAACAAAUGAACAACGAAAAAAAUGAAAAUCGGUGAAUUCCGGGAUUGAGUGUUCCCGGAGUUUUGUGUAGAUCUCACAAUGACUCGGUGUUGGUCGGUGGAUGUCCAGUGACUCAAACAUGGAUUUAGACACAUGUGAUUUUAGUGAUUGACUGAUUCGCGCCCUCACAGUGAACCCUCACGAAAUGGUGUUAGAAUCGGGGGUGUUGCCGCCACCUUUGCAGUUAUAUGCGGCGGCGGCGGCACAUUUGGCGCCGCGGCCGCCGUGGGCCCCCUUAUUGCAGUUCCCCGGCGCUGCGAGUCUGCUGGGGAUGCCGGGGGCUUUCGCGCCUCUCAACAGGCCACGGUAUCCACCGGGUUUGGGACAUGGGAUCAGGGCUCCGCCGGGGCCGCCGUCUGAAGAUAGCGGCAGUGAGACGCAUACCGGAAAAGGUGGCGCUGGGAGCAGUGGGGAAGGCGCCGAUUCUGAAAGUGCAGCUUCGAAAAGGAGAAGGAGUAGGACGAAUUUUAAUAGUUGGCAAUUAGAAGAAUUAGAAAGAGCCUUUUUAGCAAGCCAUUAUCCCGACGUUUUCAUGAGGGAGGCGCUUGCUAUGCGACUAGAUUUAAAGGAAAGCAGGGUGGCUGUGUGGUUCCAGAACCGGCGAGCCAAGUGGCGCAAGAAGGAGCACACAAAAAAAGGCCCCGGACGACCCGCUCACAACGCUCACCCCCAAUCGUGCUCCGGGGAGCCGAUUCCUCCCGCCGAGCUGCGGGCACGCGAAAGGGCGCGUCGCCGGAAAAAGCUCCAGAAAGCUCUGGAGCGGCAGGCGAAGAAGCUGCGCGCCAAAGGCAUCGCCGUCGACCUCGUAGCCCUCAAGAGGGAGUAUCUGGCCCAGAGAGGUGCGGACGGCGCCGACAGUGAUAGCGAUAUAGACGUGGUAGGGGACUCGGGCGCAGAAUCGGAAACGUACGCUUGUAGCGAUCAGGGGAUGUACUCCUCGGAGUCGGGGGUGGAUUUAACCGCCGCCUCGCACGAUGACAAAAGCCGGAGACUUAACCCCUUCAGUAUAGAGUCGCUACUCAAUACUUGAAGAUGCUCGGAGACGAAACAUGUUGUGCAAUAAUGUUUUAUAUUUAGUGAUAGGGUGCGACAACAGACCUACAGCGAGAAACAUUUUCCUCUCAACGAAAUGCCCAGAAAUUUCGACAUUUCCGACCGAUUUUUCGACACACAUAUCAAAAACUUGAUUCAUACUACCGGAAAUGCCGGAAUCUUUCCAUAUUUAUUGAAUAUAAAGUGUAAAUAUAGUUUAAACAACCCUGUGUAUAAACGUCCCAAACAUUCCAGUACUGUAUUUAUUAAUAUUAUUAGUAAUAAACAACACAUAGUACAGCAAUACAUCCAGCAAGUUCAAAUUGUUUAGAAUAGACUUAAAACUCUUCGUGCAUGUCGUCCUAUUUUAGUUAAGUUCAUGUACCACAAGCUUGAUUACAAUAUUACCAAUUAUUCACUGUUAAUUAUUUAAUCGGACAAUAUGAAAAAACAACAACGAAUAUCAUCUUCAUAGAAGUGAAUAAUAUUGUUAUCAAGCUUUGAAUGUAUUCCUAUCAGUGAUCUGCAGUACUAAUAUAUCAAAUUAAUUAAGUAUGAUGAUAAAUAUAUUAUUUAUUCGA